GCCGUACCAUAUUGACGAAAUUGAUUAUGAACAGAUGAACAAGGUGGCCUCGUCCAUCUACUCAAGUAUACAGUGAAUUACUCUGUCAUUAUAAAUUAUGUUGCAGAGGCAAAAUUCGCUAAAAGAAUGAUCCUCGGUUGUGUUUCGUCGGGCCCGCUGCGCGUAACAUCUGCUCGUUCGUUUUCCGACCGUCUAUUGAGAGUGCGCCGUGCUGAACAAUUCAUCUCAGCACCUUCGUCAAAGAUGUGCUGUCGCACCAUCUCCUCUACAUCCUCUGGCGGCUCCUCCGGCUCUUCGUGGUCGUCUUUUUCCUCGCAGAAAAAGCCGGGCGAGAACGCGACGGGAGCAAGUAUGGAGGCAGACACGACAUACUACAGCUACAGUAAGUCCUCAACGUUGCGGCCAAAUGAUAAAUUUAAGCGAGUCCACGGCGCUUUUGCGCGCAACGCGUACAAGAGGAUGCCGACUCCGAUGGACUUUCCAGUGGCAGUUGAGCGAAUAGUUUUUUUGCAGUCCCCCAAUUACGGAAAUAAAAUUGCUGCAACUCAAGCUGUCGUUACAACAUCAACGCGAAGUACAGCGACAAGUGCCACGUCUAGAGGUGGUGCCACAUCAUCAUCAUCCUCCUCGUCAUCCAACAACCCACGCAAAGGCUCUUUUGGCAAGAAUUCUUCCGCUAGUUCUACGCGUCCUUCGGACGACAGACGCAGGUCGUCUUCACGAGCAGCACCUACAUCAAACGCGUUGGCCGCAUCUGAUGUCAAUAUGCCACCCCCCGAAGUUGCUGGAGCCAGCGAAAAAUCUACUGGCACCACAUCAACCAGUCGUGGCCGUACAUCACCUUCAGCAGCUACAACUACUCCCUCAGAUGCCGAAGGCUCUUCGGACGCGCCGCAGCUCCAAGAGGGAGCUGAAGGCGACGAGUCAGGAGACCACUCCUUAGAACACGAGCGCGUGCUUAUGACACACAAAAAAUGCUGGAGAUUAUUACAGAAGUAUAAGGAAAUGAAGGCGUCGGAGGGAACGAAUGAGCAAGUUAUUCUACAAGACGGCAGAGAAGUCUUUCGAUUGCGCCGACGAAAAACAAAACGAAGUUUUGUUUUCGUGUCGAAUCUGAGCGAUGAAGAAGUUGCGGGACGCCUUCAAUUCAACAAGAGGCUAGCCGAUCUCUUCCAUCGCAAACGCAACACGAAAAAUUGCAGAGCGUACUUCUUGUUACCUAUUUCUGCUCACAAUAGUUUUUUGGAAGUUGAAUUGAAGAUGCCAAUGCUAUCUCCGUCUGCAAUAAUUCUCCAUCCUCCACUUGUUCAUAGGUCAACAUUAUUUGAUCAGGUGGGGCCAUUAUGCAACCCGGGACCAUGACUGCGUUGUCCGCGAAUACGAGGACUAUGAGGAUGGUGAAAAGGCUGCGGGCUCGCUUAGGAAGCAGAGUCGCGAGGAAAGAGCAUCUGUCCCGUCGUCUUCAGCGCUCGGCGGGGGUAGGAAAUUAGUGUCGAGCGGUGGACCGCGAACUCCAGAUAUCUAUCGGCUAGGAGGUUCCACCUUUCGUUUAUCCUCGCGCGGCGGAAAGCCAAGCAAAAUCGUGUUCAAGAAGCAGCGCGAAAGGCCACCGAAGAUGCCGCCUGUUUUGAUUGACGACCGAGAGCACAAACUGGCGGAACUUGCUGAUCGUCUAGGUGUCAUUCCUUUCGAGAAAAAGCGGCUGCAAGUGGCUGAUAUCGUUAUCGGCGAACCCGGUCGAGAAGUUUUUCUCGAGAGGAAAUCUGUGAGCGACUUUUGGAGUUCUAUAACUGACGCGCGCUUACACAAUCAGCUAGGCAACAAUUAAGGCUAGUCGAUCAUAAACUACUUUGUUUGAGGUACCUAUCGUGCUUGGCUUCCCUUCUUGGUUUCAAGAAGAGACUGCCGGGAAACAGACGCAAUGAGGGACCAUACCUCGACCACAUAUUUAAUGAUAAUCUAGCUACCUCUAAAGAGAGCUGGCUCUGACACAAGGCAACAAAAUGGGAAGUGCGGCUAUCAUCCUCGAAGGCUUUUCUGCCGCAGCAAUCGAUCACAGUAGACGCCUACGAUCCAAGAAAAGGCUUUUGUACUCUUCGAUUGGUGGUGGAAUUAUGUUCGUUUCUUGUCAUGCAGUUGAUGCUGCGGUAAUUUCCUUGUUUUUUAAGGUCUUCUUGCCUAUGGAGCUUGCUGGAGCCGCGUUCCACGAAGAAGUUCAUCAAACAAGAAAUAUAGUCUCGAAGUAGCAUAUCGUUCUUGUGCUUCAACAGGUACGGCAAGCUGGUAAAUUUGGUGCUACGGGAUCGUAUACCCGUUUUGAUGAGCCAGGACGUCGCAGAGACCUAUCAACUCGUUGUUGUGAUUGCAGAAAACUAUUACGAAGCGCUGAGUGGGCAGAGUCCGAGGGAUUACGCAAGUGACUGGAUCCAUGGACGAAAAAAAGGUUCGUCUCUCGAAAUGAUGAUUAGUAUGGUUCCUGGAGUGUCUGAACGAGUUGCGUCGAAAAUAUUAGAAAAGUUCGUAGAGGACCAUGUGGAGCUUACUGGUGUCAACAGUGGCGACGACCACGGCGACAAGGACAAAAAAACUGCAUUAACAAUUACAACAUCUGCAAGCGGAACGACGAGUACUAGUACUAGUUGUAAUGCCACUGCCAGUCUUUCUGCAGCUCCUGUUCAAGAUACGCAAUCCCCUGCUGAUGUUGGUACUCAAAACGAAAAAGAGGCAGCAUCUUCGCCGCCACCGGCAUGUCAUUCCGAUCGACCACGAGGCCCCGUGAACAUGCUCGACUUCUGCCAGAGACUUCGUUCAGACGUAGCAGCUCUAGAAAAAUUGACUGAUUGCGGCCUGAAAAUGCCUACUGCAAAGACCCUCGUGUGCGCGCUGGCUGGCCCUGACGCUCUCAGCCUGCGUCGCGAGCGUUUGGUUGAGAAACUGCGCAAUGUGCCUGGAGCAUCGGGAUCCACAGUGAAGCAAGUUGUGGGAAACUCACAUUCGGCGUCCCAGCUUCUCCAGAAACUGCAAGCAGAUCCUCAAUUCUUCGCGAAAGUAUUCAAGUUCGCCGGCGCAAGGAACAAAUUCGAGAGCGCUGUUACAAAUGCUGCAAGUGUAGAGGAGGAACAAGAAGCGACACAGAUUCAGAAGAAAGGCGGCAGCUAA